UAUAUUAUUAUUUUAUAUUUACAUGGAAUUAAAACAUUGCUUAUAUAAACAAUGCAAAAAUCGAUAAUACGAGUAUAUAAAUGCUACUUGAAACCUCGAAAAAGUAAAAAAGCACUACUCAAACUUCUUACGACCGGAUAUAGCGCCACAGUUCGUACAACCGCGGCAACUCUGCAUUUUCAAUUUGUAGAGAAGUAGCUAACUUGCUUAUAUAAAAAAUAAAAGUCAUAAUUGAGUGGUCAUUAGUUUAACAUUAUAAGUACGCUGAUUUAUAAAUUUGAGUUAAAAAGUUGUAAUUUUAAAAUAAGCUUUAUUUAAAGAAUUUUUAGUUAUUUACUGUAUCCGAGUUAUUUCCAACUAGUGGCAACAAAACAUACAAUUUUUUAUACGUACUGUACAUAAACAUUGUGCACGUGUGUCAAAACAACUUCACGUUUCGGUCUGCACAAUUUUUAUAUAUUAAACUUCUAUUUCAACCUUUUAUUUAAUUAAUUUACGUUCCUUAUUCAUAAUGAAGAGAUUAGGUGACGAACGGGCAAAGAUUCUUUUCGAAAAGUUGUCGAAAUAUAUUGGCACCAAUGUAAAGCAACUGAUAGAUCGUCCGGACGGCACGUACUGCUUCCGUGAGCACAGGGAUCGCGUUUAUUAUGUAUCUGAACGUAUAUUGAAACUCUCCGAGUGCUUUGGUCCCGAAAAGCUUAUUUGUGUUGGCACAUGUUUUGGCAAGUUUUCAAAAACAAAUAAACUGAAGUUUCAUAUCACGGCUCUGUACUAUUUGGCACCUUACGCACAGUAUAAAGUCUGGGUGAAACCAUCAUUUGAGCAACAGUAUCUUUAUGGCAAUCACAUACCAAAAUCUGGUCUAGGACGUAUAACAGAGAAUGCCGGUCAAUACCAAGGCGUUGUGGUAUAUUCUAUGAAUGAUUUACCUUUAGGUUUCGGUGUGUUGGCACGUUCCACAACGGAAUGUAAGACUGCAGAUCCAAUGACCAUCGUUUGCUUUCAUCAGUCAGAUAUUGGCGAGUACAUAAGAUCGGAGGAUACGCUAUUUUAGUUUUAAAUGUGUAUAUAUGUAUGUAAUUUAGAAGAAUAAAAACUGAAACAUUGAAAUCUAGUCGAUGUAUUAGAUUUUAUAAUGAUUUUAUUAUUAAUUAUGAA